AUGAAAAAAUUAAAAAUCUUGAAAGAGGCAUUCCGGUUACAUCAUGUGGCGCCAUUCAACCUCCCUCACAUGUCCACUACUGAUGUUGUGGUGGAUGGUUACUUCAUCCCCAAGGGAAGCCACAAGCUUAUUAGUCGUAUGGGGAUCGGGAGAAACCCUAAAGUGUGGGACAAACCGCUUAAGUUUGAUCCUGAGAGACAUUUAAGCAAUAACACAUGUGUAGAACUAAAAGAGCCUGAUCUCAAUAUAAUAACGUUCGGUGCAGAAAGACGAGGGUGUAUGGGUGCGGACAUUGGGUCAGCCAUGACGUACAUGUUGGUGGCUCGGUUGAUUCAAGGGUUCACGUGGUCACCAGUACCCAGUGAAAGUAAAAUUGAUAUUUCAGUAAGCAAGAGUGAUCUUUUUAUGGCAAAACCCUUAAAUGCGGUUGUAACACCUCGUUUGGAUCCAAAUGUGUAUCCAGCCUGA